CGUAUUUUUCUUUAUAAGCGGCGAAAAACGAGAAGAGGAAACAAACACAUUUUUUUUUGCGCUGAAAAAAUCAAAAUACUAUUGUGAUCGAAGGGGGUUUUGAUAUUGCGCGCCAUUUUUUUUUCCAAAAAACAAGGGGGGAAAUUUGAAACAAAACAUGCGCUGGCUAAUCUGGAUGCUGAUUGGCCUUGCGGCUAGUGAGUGUGUCAGUGCUGCUUUAAACUCUACAUCUGCGGCUGUAUCGACAAGUGUCUACGAUGCUGUUGGCGAGCGACGCUUAGCGACGGGACUUAAACGCAAGCGUCCGUCGGUGAACCGACGUCGCAAAACGUCGAAUGUCAAUCGUCGAACGCGUUCCAAAUUGGCGAAAAGUUGUGGCGGUCAAGUGGGUAGCGUUCUACUAGAAGAAUGGUUCCGAUUUUGCCAGUUGGUAUUCACCGCGUCCGUCGAAGACAUUGACCGUGAACGCGGCACGGUCCGCGUCUCUAUGCGCCGAGUGAUCCGCUCGCUAUCGAAUGUAUCGGACUGGACGGUCGUCAGCUUUUUGGCGCCGCGGAACCAGAACCAGCCGUCGUUGGUCGGCCAAUCGAAUGCGCUAGAUCCUUUGCCCGCCGCCGACACGACCAACAGCCCACUUAUCAAACCGACGUUGAUCUUGCACGAUUUAUUUGACGCGCGCGAAAAUUCGUGCGUGCCCCAAUUCCGCAUCCGCAUUCACGACGUCCUCCUCUUUCUCGUCCAGAUUCACCCACUCAAUCAGACACUUCACCUGGUCUCGGCGCCGUUGCGUAUCACCCUACGCAAUCUGAAACUGAUCCACACCUCACCCGGGUCGCCGUCAUCAGAUGUGCCUUACGACAGUCGAUCGGUUACAGCGCCUUCGGUCGCUAUCCUUGAAGACAAACCAGAUCCUUGCGUCGACCUCAAGUGCCCACCGGGAGCCAAAUGCAUCGCCGCCCCCGACGCCAGUUCCGCCACCUGCCAAUGCCCUACCAAAUGCUCAAGCUAUGGUGACAGCGUCGGUUCGCGGCCAGUCUGUGGCGCAGAUGGUAAAGAUUAUCCAAACAUGUGUGAACUGCACAAAAGCUCUUGCAUGGCAAACCGAAGGAUUGACGUCAAAUUUCAAGGAGCUUGUGAUCCUUGCGCCUCGGUUGAAUGCCUAUCAACAUCCGUUUGCGUUCUGGAUUCGGAGAGAAAAGCUCAUUGUCGUUGCGGCGAUACUUGUCCUUCCGAUUUCCAGCCUGUGUGCGGAUCGGACGGACGGAGUUACAGCUCUCAAUGUCACCUGAUGCAGGAAGCGUGCCGUUCCCAGCGACAACUGCGGAUCCUUUAUAAGGGUCUGUGUGAAUCCGGUGUGCAUCCGUGUAGUAAGGCCGGUUGCGAAGCCGACGAGGAAUGCCAAGUGGAUGAAAAAGGAAUGCCGCAAUGCCUGUGUGUGGGACCCUGCCCGCCAAUCCAUCGGCCAGUUUGCGGCUCGGAUGAAAUGACUUAUUCAUCAACUUGCGAGCUCCAGCGCGAAUCCUGCCUCAAGAAGCGGAAUAUCACGUUAUUAUACGAAGGAGUUUGCGGCUCUUCGGAGGCGUGCAACCAUUUUCGUUGUCCAACGGGAGGAUAUUGCGUCGAAACUGCGUCAGGUCAGCCGAGUUGCCACUGCCCACUAUGCGGCGGAGAGUGGGAUCCCGUUUGCGGCACAGACGGCGUUACCUACACCAAUCCGUGCCGUCUUCGCUACGAGUCGUGCCGCCACAACAAGAGCCUCUCCGUCGUCUACAAAGGCCUUUGCAAUUUGAUUGAUGACACAAAAGAAACAGAUGGAUGCGACAAGAAGCGAUGUGACUUUUACGCCACAUGUGAAACAGACGAACUGGGCCGAGCUGAAUGUGUCUGUCCCAAAGCAUGCGGCAAGUUGGCUAACGCUGAAGUCUGCGGUACAGACGGCAUCACGUAUCGUAACGAGUGCGAGCUGAAGCUGGCUGCCUGUCGUAAUCAACAGUUCAUCGUCGUAGCUUCGAAAGGCGAUUGCGACUUGUGUAAAAAGGUGCGCUGCGAAUAUGAUGCUCGAUGCGAGGACGGCAUCUGCGUAUGCCCGACCAACUGCCCAUCACCUAUUGAACCGCCAGAUUCUCAGAGGGUUGGCGAUUUAGGAAUUUGUGCCAGUGACGGGCGCACCUACUUGACCGAAUGUCACAUGCAACGUGCAGCAUGCGAUCACGGCCUUGUGCUGAAAGUACUUCACACAGGACCCUGCCCAACUCCCCCGGCCGAUCUCAUCCUGGCCGCUUCGGACUAUCAUGACUCGUCUAGUUCCAUGUCAUCGCCAUCUCACAACUCUGCUCCUCGAAAAUGCCACUGCAACAAGCAAGGGUCUGUGGAUGGUGCUUGCGAUCCGGUGACAUUACAGUGUCGAUGCCUUGCUGGUGUAGGAGGCAGGAGUUGCGAUCGAUGUCUCUCGGGGUACUGGGGUAUCCACUCUGUUGGAAAAAACGCCAAUGGCUGCGAACCUUGUGAUUGCCAUCGACUGGGAUCGAUCCGUGCCGACUGUGAACAAAUGACGGGUCGUUGCGUCUGUCGAGCUAAUGUCGUUGGCCUAAAAUGUGAUCGCUGCCACGACGGACAACUGGUAGAUAAAGUGCCUGGUGGAUGCGGGGGAUACGGUGGUAACGGCGGUGCAGGAAGCGAUUCCGACGACGCUUUGGAGAGCGAAUCGCGACAUUGCUCCGAUUUAACUUGCCGUUUCGGCGCCAUCUGUCAAGACCUUCAGGGCCAGGCCGUUUGCGUCUGCCCGAUGGACUGUCCGGUGGCCAGCAGCGCUGAGCAGACGGUUUGCGGCUCCGACGGCGUUAGUUAUGGCUCUGAAUGCGACCUUCGUUUGGCCGCCUGCCGCAAGCAAUUAAACGUGGCCAUGGCCUACGAGGGCCCUUGCUCCGAUGAUAUUAUCAACACUUCUGCCGGAAUGUCACCACUCGUGGCCGAGUCCGAAGCGGCCGUCUCCAAGGCCACUCGACACGUCCAAGAAACGGACGUUGCUCUACUCGACUGGGGUCGCCGAGACAUUGUCUCGCUCAGUCAAGUCGGAUCGCAACAGGCAAAUGAGUACUACGGAUUCACACAGCCCGUCUGGAGACCGACGGCGAGUAGCGUCCAUGUCCGAGGAUUCCUAGGUGAAUCUUGCACUGACGAUAGCCAAUGCAAAUCUGUUGCAAACAGCGGCUGCCUAUUUGGUGUAUGCGGUUGCUCGGACGGAUUCGCCCAAGACUCGGAUCGUAAAUCUUGCGUCGCAAAUAUUGCGUUAACUUCUGGAUCAGAAGAAUACGGACCUACAAGAUUAUCAUCUUGUAGUUCUUUCCCAUGUUUGGGAGGUGGGACCUGCCAACCACUCGGCAUGGAAUCUUUUGUUUGUAUUUGUCCAGCUGAACGAACGGGAUCGCUCUGCGAGCGCGCUCUUUCUCAAUCAGACGAAGAGAUCGUUCCGGCUGAAACACCUGCGUUCCAUGGUCAGUCGUUCGUCGAACUGAAGAAAAUGAAAGCUCACGAUAAAUUCGCUAUGGAAAUUGAAUUCAAGAGUCUUUUGACGGACGGAAUACUGUUGUACGCGCAGCAGAGGAAAGAUUUCGACGCUGAUUACAUCUCGCUGGCUAUCAUAGCAGGCCAUGUCGAAUUGCGUUUCAAUCUUGGAAACGGCCCUAUAGUACUUCGUUCCCUGCAACCAAUACGCUUGGGUCAAUGGCAUCGUGUAGUGGCUCAGCGUUACAGACAAGAUGGUUGGCUACGUCUGGACGAUGAUGAAGAUGUAGCCACUACGUCACCUGGAGAACAUUCUACCCUCGAUUUGGACACGAACUCGUUUCUAGGUGCCGUACCUUCCCAUCUAGCGACGGCCAGAACAUACGAUCGAAUUGGGACAGCGUCGGGUUUCGUAGGCUGCAUGCGUCGCGUGAAAAUUGGACGUCGCUCGGUGAUUUUCCGUGUGCCUCCCGAAGGCCGUAAAGUGUCGCGAAGGAACCGUCAAUUUGAGGAAAACAAACGACGAGGCAAUACGAUUGAGGGGGUGAGCAAAUCGUCAGUAUCGACUGUAGUGAAGAUGAACGGUAUAACACAAUGCGGGGAAAACCCUUGCUGGAAAACGCCAUGCGCAAACGGGGGUACGUGUGUUUGGAAAACGGGCGACAACUUCACAUGCGUCUGUCGACCGCAAUUCACUGGGUUAACGUGUGAGAGUGCACUCGAUCUCUGCGCCAGCUCUCCUUGCGCUGACGGUUCAACUUGUAACAGUUCGAAGAAUCGUUUUAUGUGCAAAUGUCCUCCCGGCAGGAAAGGAUUUCUCUGUGAUCAGCAUGACGGGAUGAAGCACGAAAUCCUUGUACCGGAAUUCAAUAUCAUUCAUUCGUCAACGCCAGCGUCCAGUUAUGUAUCAGUGGCCCGUUCCUUCCAAGUGAGCCAAAAUUUGGAUUUGGAAGUAUGGUUCCUCAGUCGUUCGUCGGAUGGCAUGCUGGCCUAUUCGGCACGGGACGAGAACGGUCGUGGAGAUUUCAUCUGGCUGGCGCUUAUUGGAGGCCGAGUGCAGUUCCGUUGGGAUCUAGGCAGUGGUGCCGGCAUCGUCACUUCUCCCGAUCGAGUUAAACUGUUCAAUUGGCAUCGCGUCUUGGUUAGCAGACGAGGAAAAGAAGCUAGCAUUCGUUUAGACGAUGGUGCCACUAGCGAUGGUCGUUCCUUGGGUCCCCUUUCCGAGUUAAAUUUGGACAUUCCUCUCUUUAUCGGAGGACUAAGACCAAGUUUGGUAUUGCCACGUGAUGUCCCCAAGUUGGACAAUUUGCAAGGCGCUGUUCAGAGAGUUAUCGUUAAUGGCGAAGUUUUUGAGAAGCUGAUGGAGAGUGAGGCCGAGCAGCAAAAUGUGGCCGUUUAUAGAGGCCCACCCUGCGGUCAUAUGCUCGCCACGCAUCCGUCAUCGUUCCGCACUUCGGCUCAUCCUGUCAAUAGCAGAGAUUCGUCAUCGCCUUGCCAAAAUGGUGGUGUGUGUCAACCACUCCUGGCCAGCUACAUCUGCAAAUGUCAAACCGGUUUCCUCGGGAAACGCUGCGAAAAACGCACGGACGCAGCGGAAAUCACUCGGCCAAUCAAAUUUGAUGGAAAAACUUUUCUAAAAUAUCCAAACCAAUUAAAAGAUGUAACUCUGGACUUCUCUAACUAUUCUCGACCAAAAACGCAAAAUGUGUGGGUGACUAACAAUACUUCUGACGAGCUCUUCGAGUACACUAACGAUACUAACACUACUCUCGAAGCUUUAGAUAUCAUUUAUGAUGGCAUUGGGCAUUUUUUUAAUAAUGAGAGUGGUAAGAGCCAACGGUCCAAUCGGUUUGAGUUACGUUUCCGAACGGAAGCUGAAAACGGGCUAAUUUUGUGGCUGAGCCGGGGCCAUUCGCUGCAAGCCGACUAUUUUGCCUUAGCUAUCGUUCAUUCGCGAGUUGAACUCAGUUUUAUUGGGAAACAGUCCUCUUUUCUUUCUGCACGAUCAACGGUGAAUAUAAGCGACGGUCAUUGGCACACGGCUGUGGUCGAGCGUAAGAAACGUUUAGGUAGCAUCAUUGUCGAUGGAGAGAAGGCUGUCCGAGUUACGGCCGAUCCAGGGGCCACCAUCCUGAAUAGUAAUGGGAAACUGUGGAUUGGUGGCAGCUCAAUACUCCCACCUGGUUUGCCUUCCCCAUAUUAUGAAGCAUUUGUCGGAUGUAUGGAGUACGCCAAAGUGGAUCGACAUUAUUUGGAUUGGCAUCGUCAUGGAGACAACGCCAUUCUUCACUACUGUGAAGCCACCUGAUUUGCGGAGAAAGCUAAAGAAGUGGAGAGGUAACUUGUACCAGUUACUGCGUUAAUAGAAGGAAUACAACUCGCUACCGGCAAGCAAUGACAACCACGAUCAACUAACUCAGUACUGUUUAAAAUUCUUUCCCACUUCCCUAAACUUUUUUUUUUCGUUGUACAGUGUACAGACAUGACGUUUCUUACAUCAGCCAAAGUGUUGUAAAACAAUGUUUCCUUGUAUACAAAGGUAGGCAAACAAUCCAAUGCAGGUGGCUGUUUGAAUUGCCUACAUUUGAAGGAACGGUUCAUAAUGAUAUGCCUGAAUAAAUUUUUCGGACGCCAUGUUGGCAAUACUAAUUCGUAGAAAUACACAUAAUUUUGGAUAAUCUUA